AAACUCGAAAACACCCCAAAAGAAAAGCACCACCUUCGCAAAAAGAUUCACACAAUGAUCUCUGCUAUUUUGGAACAAGCCUCUCUAUGGAACAACCAGGGAGCCCUUCAGGUAUCCCAUGGAAACCUUGAGGAUGCCUACGGCUCCUUUGCCAUGGCUUUGAAGCUCCUUGGCAGUGCCAACGCUACGACUUCCUCGCAAACCACAGACUUUGAGACUUCCACUGCUCUGAGCGGCACAUCCUUUUUGCUGGAGCCAGUCCACGUUCCAGAUUCUGCUGCGAUCAUCAAUAAGACUGAAGAGGCCAAUGCCUACAUCUAUACCAAGACACUCGCUCUCUCGAGUCCGAACCGCCAAUGGGCAGCCCGGGAUAUCAUGUUCUUCUGCGCCCUGGUCAAGUUCAAUUCUGCUCUUGCUUGCCACUUGCAAGCCAACAAAGGAAGCGAAGGAAGAAUUCGAGAAGCUUUUCGAUUCUAUCAACAUAGCUUGCAGUACCUCAAGGCGUACCCAGAUCAGACUGAUUCCAGAAGACAAGAAUUCGCAACCGUUUUGGCCAUGGCUUGCAUGAACAACAUGGCUCAAAUCCUCCAUGAGUUCAAUCAAAUUGAAAAGGCCAAGGUCUUCAUGAACUCUGUCCGAACACUGCUGUCUUCGUUGCAAGAGUCCGAUAUCGCGGUGACGUUUGAUAGGGCCUCUAUUGAAACCUUUGUCUGGAAUGAAUUCAUGUUUGCUUUUACCGCGGAUCUUGUUCGCGGUGCACCUGCUGCGUAAUCCUCCAGGAACGGAACAGCAACUCGUGCGUGUAACACCACAUGAUACUUGCUAGGUCUCUUUGUCACGGAGACAUCGAUCGGAUAAUGUACUACUAGAACUGAAUUGCAUGCCAAGUCCUUAGGGUUUACUGCUCUGGGGAAGCUGGAGGUGCCGAUGUGAU